CGGACCCACCGGGCGGCGGAGAGAGCUGGCGGGCGAGCCGGAGAGCGGCGGAGGCGGCGCUGGAGGGAAGGGGCGCGCGGCAGGCCCACGGGGAGCCGCCCCGGCGCACGGAGUCCGCGUCCCCUCCGGACCGUCCCCGCUCCGCGGCCGUACCUGAGGGCGCCGGGAGCCCGGGCAGCGGCGCGCCGGACCGGGGUGGCCGGGGACCUGGGAAGCGGGAGAAGGAGCCGGAGCUCGACCAGGAUGAGAAGGUGACGCCGCCGGGGGGCGCCACUCGCUUUGUGGGGGAAGAUGCUCUCCUACUGCGUGCAAGAUGCCACCGUGGUGGACGUGGAGAAACGGAGGAACCCCUCCAAGCACUAUUGCCUCCAAGCCUCACCGGCCAUUCUUGUGAAUGCCCCAGAAAUGGCCUCUGAAAGGUACUGCUUCACCUGUGUGUGCCCAUGGUUGGAGGUGGGCUGCAGACCCUCCCCGGAUGUUGCCGUCUUCACAGAAGCCAGGUAUACAUCAUUAACGUGACCUGGUCCGACUCCACGUCCCAGACCAUCUACCGGAGGUACAGCAAGUUCUUUGACCUGCAGAUGCAGCUUUUGGAUAAGUUUCCCAUCGAAGGUGGCCAGAAGGACCCCAAGCAAAGAAUCAUCCCCUUCCUCCCAGGCAAAAUCCUCUUCCGGAGAAGCCACAUCCGGGACGUAGCCGUGAAGAGGCUGAAGCCCAUCGAUGAGUACUGCCGGGCACUUGUCCGGCUGCCACCCCAUAUUUCACAGUGUGAUGAAGUCUUUCGGUUCUUUGAGGCCCGACCGGAGGAUAUCAACCCCCCGAAAGAGGACUAUGGCAGUUCCAAGAGGAAAUCAGUGUGGCUCUCCAGCUGGGCUGAGUCUCCUAAGAAGAACGUGACAGGUGCCGACACCCACGCCGAGCCCAUGAUCCUGGAACAGUACGUGGUGGUGUCCAACUAUAAGAAGCAGGAGAACUCGGAGCUGAGCCUCCAGGCCGGGGAGGUGGUGGAUGUCAUCGAGAAGAACGAGAGCGGCUGGUGGUUCGUGAGCACCUCUGAGGAACAGGGCUGGGUCCCUGCCACCUACCUGGAGGCCCAGAAUGGGACUCGGGACGACUCAGAUAUCAACACCUCCAAGACUGGGGAAGUGUCCAAGAGACGCAAGGCCCAUCUGCGGCGCCUGGAUCGCCGGUGGACCCUGGGCGGGAUGGUCAACAGGCAGCACAGCCGAGAGGAGAAGUAUGUCACUGUGCAGCCUUACACCAGCCAAAGCAAGGACGAGAUUGGCUUUGAGAAGGGCGUCACCGUGGAGGUGAUCCGGAAGAAUUUGGAGGGCUGGUGGUACAUCAGAUACCUGGGCAAAGAGGGCUGGGCACCAGCAUCCUACCUGAAGAAAGCCAAGGAUGACCUGCCAGCGCGGAAGAAGAAUCUGGCAGGCCCGGUGGAGAUCAUCGGGAACAUCAUGGAGAUCAGCAACCUGCUGAACAAAAAGGCGUCCGGGGACAAGGAGACCACCCCAGCUGAAGGCGAGGGCCCAGAGGCCCCCAUCACCAAGAAGGAGAUCAGCCUGCCCAUCCUCUGCAAUGCUUCCAACGGCAGCGCCCUGGGUGUCCCCGAGAGGACCGUCUCCAAGCUGGCCCAGGGCUCCCCAGCCGUGGCCAGGAUUGCCCCUCAGAGGGCCCAGAUCAGCUCCCCGAACCUCAGGUCAAGGCCUCCACCUCGCAGAGAGUCCAGCUUGGGGUUCCAGCUGCCUAAGCCGCCGGAGCCCCCUUCUGUUGAGGUGGAGUACUACACCAUUGCCGAAUUCCAGUCGUGCAUUUCUGAUGGGAUCAGUUUUCGAGGCGGACAGAAGGCAGAGGUCAUCGACAAGAACUCGGGUGGCUGGUGGUACGUGCAGAUCGGUGAGAAGGAGGGCUGGGCCCCCGCGUCGUACAUCGAUAAGCGCAAGAAGCCCAACCUGAGCCGCCGCACGAGCACUCUGACGCGGCCCAAGGUGCCCCCACCGGCACCACCCAGCAAGCCCAAGGAGGCCGAGGAGGGUCUGGCGGGCGCUGGUGAGAGCCAGGACUCCCCGCUGAGGCUCAGGUACGAGGAGCCCGAGUAUGACAUCCCUGCCUUUGGCUUCGACUCGGAGCCAGAGCUGAGUGAGGAGCCCGCAGAGGACGGCGGCUCGGGGGACAGGCGGCCCGGCCAGACCCGCAGGCCCUCGCCCGCCUUCUCACUGCAGCGCGCCCGCUUCAAGGUGGGCGGAUCUGCAGAGGACGUGGCCCUGGAGGAGGAGACCAUCUAUGAGAACGAGGGCUUCCGGGCAUGUGCAGAGGAUGCCCUGUCGGCCAGGCGCUCCUCCCGGGACAGUGACUCCCCAGGCGGCUCCCCGCUGUCCCUUGCCAGGAAAAAUUCCCCCAAAUCGGGCUCCCCCAAAUCGUCGUCGCUCUUGAAGCUCAAGGCAGAGAAGAACGCCCAGGCGGAAUUGGGGAAGAACCACUCCUCGGCCUCCUUUUCCUCGUCCAUCACCAUCAAUACCACCUGCUCUUCCUCUUCCUCCUCUUCCUCCUCAUCCUUGUCCAAGAACAGUGGGGACCUGAAGCCCCGUUCUGCCUCGGACGCAGGCAUCCGCGGCACUCCCAAGGUCGGAGCGAGGAAGGAUGCUGACCUGAAGACUGGGCUGACCUCCUGUGCCCGGGCCAAGCCAUCAGUUCGGCCCAAGCCGUUCCUGAACCGCACAGAGUCCCAGAGUCAAGAGAAGAUGGACAUCAGCACUUUACGGCGCCAGCUGAGGCCCACUGGCCAGCUCCGCGGUGGCCUCAAGGGCUCCAAGAGCGAGGAUUCGGAGCUACCCCCCCAGAUGGCCUUCGAGGGUCCCAGUGAGGGGUCCAGGAGAGGCUCGGCCGACCUCAUCACCCUCCCUGCUGCCACACCCCCGUGUCCCACCAAGAAGGGGUGGGAAGGGCAGGCCACCUCCUACACGACAUGUAGUGCCUACCAAAAGGUCCAGGACUCGGAGAUCAGCUUCCCGGCAGGCGUGGAGGUGCAGGUGCUUGAGAAGCUGGAAAGUGGCUGGUGGUACGUGAGGUUUGGGGAGCUGGAGGGCUGGGCCCCCUCCCACUAUUUGGUGCUCUGUGAGAACGAGCAAUUCGACCCCCCUGGCAAAGAGCUGGACACAGUGGCCACCAAGAGCAGGCAGAACGAGGGCAAGUCAGACAGCCUGGAAAAGAUCGAGAAGCGGGUCCAAGCGCUGAACACUGUCAACCAGAGCAAGAGGGCCACGCCGCCCAUCCCCUCCAAGCCUCCCGGGGGCUUCGUCAAGACCUCGGGUGCCGGGGCGGUGAAGAUGAGGAAUGGCGUGCGGCAGGUGGCCGUGAGGCCCCAGUCGGUGUUCGUGUCCCCACCGCCCAAGGACAGCAACCUGUCCUGUGCCCUGAGGAGGAAUGAGUCGCUGACGGCCACCGACGGCCUCCGAGGCGUCCGCCGGAACUCCUCCUUCAGCGCUGCCCGCUCGGCAGCCGCAGAAGCCAAGGGCCGCCUGGUCGAACGGGCCGCCAGCCAGGGCUCGGACCCUCCUCUGCUGCCCACUCAGCGCAAUGGCAUCCCGGUGUCCCCGGUGCGCCCCAAGCCCAUUGAGAAGUCCCAGUUCAUCCACAACAACCUCAAAGACGUGUACGUCUCGAUCGCAGACUACGAGGGGGACGAGGAGACGGCGGGCUUCCAGGAGGGCGUGUCCAUGGAGGUCCUGGAGAGGAACCCCAACGGCUGGUGGUACUGCCAGAUUCUGGACGGGGUGAAGCCCUUCAAAGGCUGGGUGCCCUCCAACUACCUGGAGAAAAAGAACUAAUGAGGGGUGGUGGGGGGCCGAAGUCCUUCCAGCCUCAGUAGGGGUGAGCUGUGAGAUAAGACAAAAGGGAAGGGGAAAAUGGGAGGGGGUGGGGAGGGCAAUGUUAAACCUGCAGAAUGUGGGACCUCGAAGAUACUCCCCUCCAGGCUGUCCCCCAGCUGGAAGGUAGGGUCCGGCGGGGGCCCACAUGGAGCAGGGAGUGGAAGGGGCAGGGGUGUCCUGGGCCUGGGACCGGAGGCAGGAAAGCUGAGCCUCACAUGUGCACCCUGGAGACUUUGCUGAUGGACUCGGCACCAUUUGGGACAGGCCGUGUAGGAAACCCCAAUUUGUGCCUUGGCUGCAAAUCUGGAAAAGGUGUGGCUGUGCGGGCCUCCUGUGCCCUGCCCCUGCCUAGCCUGGUUUCCAUUGCUGGCAUCUUGUAGUAGCCCCGGAAGUAGCCCUUGUAUCAUCCUAAUCUAUGUUUGUGAGUUAUGCUGGUUUCCCAGGAAUCGCUGCCGCCUGCCAUGGGUGGGUGUGGUAGGAGAUACCACUGGCUCUGGGGCUUGGAGGCAUCUCCUGUGAGCUCAGGCUGUCCCUGGGCCAGACCACUGUGUCUUGUUAGUUGAAGAAAAAGCAGUUCCCCAGCUGCCAGCAAGGACCACCAUUCUUAGCCGUCACUGCUGCUGGCCUUGAGAAGAGAGCCUGCCCUGCCUGGGGCACCCCUGUGGAGGACCACCAGCCCCCGUGUUUACAGAGAGGGCAGGCAGAGCUGUUGGUCUUUUCACAGUCUGCACAGACUUUAUUUUGGAUACUUCUGGGUGGGCAGUUCUUUGCAAGUUUUGGGAGAGGUGUAUUGCUUUGGGCCUUCUAUGUCAGGCCUUGGGUUUUGGUCUUAUUUUAGGAGUUGUUUGGGGACCCAAGGGCGGUCAGCCUCACGGGACGGGAUGGGUAGUGGAUGGCCUUUCUAUCGUACUCUUGUGGGGAGGUUGUUUGGUUUGUGUUUUGCAUUCUUCCCUCCACAAGCCAAAGUCGCUUCAUUUGGUUUCCACUGUGUGGACAGUACCGGUGCUUGCCAGAGGGAUCUCAGGCUGGAGGAGCCCUGGUCCCAGCCGUGGCAAAGCAGAGACGCUGUUCUCCUGGUUCUUGUGCAACCUCAGCAGGGCAGAACCCUCAGCAGGGAGGAGAGUGGUGUUCAGGAGAGGGGCAGCGUACGUUCUCCUGCCUGGGCAGGGCCCGAAGCCUUAUGUGAAGGCUGUGGAGAAGCAGCCAUCGCCCUCACCCUGGGCCAAGGGGAACCUGCUGGGUGGACACCACCAGCCACCCCCUGGCCUGCAACCAAUGCCGCAGGUGCCCGAGGAGACGAAGAUCCCUGGGCCAGGAGCCAACCUGGUCUUUCCGAGGGGCAGUGCCCCUGCGAAGAGAGAAGGGAGAGAAUGACGUCCCUGUCAACUCUGGGUGGUGUCUUUCAGUCGACACUUCAGAGGCCAGACUGGCUUCCCCAAGGACUCGCUCUUCACUGGGAGUGGAUUUCCACACGUGCCUUUGGUUGUGGACAGAUCAGGCUUCACAGCCCCCGACUCAGCUGCCAGAUCCUGGACUAAGGAGGAAAGGCCUUCCCUCGGCCCACACUCCCCGCCCAGGCAGCGUAUGAUGCCUGAAGAACAGCGGGGGACCCGCGCCUCGUGCCCUCAGCCCCCAGCCGCCCUGCCCUCCUCCUUCGCCGUACACUGACGCCUGGCAGCUCUAGCAAACUGCUCCCGUUCUAUGUUGAAAGGGCCGUGGUUACUCACUUCCCCUACCCGCUCCAAAUACUUUGCAUUCUCAAUCGAAAAUGAAAACAAUCUGAGAGACAGGAAAAGUGCAAUAUUAUCAAGAGGGAUGCCAGGGCUUGUUGGGACAGUGGCGGGAGAGCCAGCAACCCCGUCUCUCGCUAGGGGAGGUGGGGCUCCCGGAAGGAGUCGUAGCUGUGGAGCCUAUAGAUGACCUGGGUAUUGAUUUUUUUUUACCCCUCCUCCCCUUCCCCCUUCCCUGGCAAGAUGGCAGGGGUCCCCGCCAGAGGGCAUCCCCUUCUGCUGGGUGUUGUCCACCCAGAAGAGAGGGAUUCAGGGAAGUGGCAUGGGGCACUUGUCCUCCCCGGGGCGCCAGCCCCAGGCACAGAGCAAGGGCCUCCAGGAACCGCUCCUUGUUUUCAUUUCCGUUGUUUUUCAGCCAGCUGCUCAGAAAGACCUGUCCCCAAAAAAACCCUCAGCAGCCCUCUCAUGCCAAUCUCUUGAUGUUUGGGCCAUGAUCCUUUUGAUGUAUGUUUGAGUCUUUCUAAAACUACGUAACCUCAAGUUCAGUUUAUGGGCAGGAACCCUCGAUGUAAUCAAACCCUUUUGGAGGGAUGUGGGUGCCUUGAGCCCAGCAUCCCCCAGUGACGCACCAGUUCCCACAAGCCUGCAGCUGGGCCUGGUGCUGAGCCAGGGCCACCCAUUCAUCUCAAUGACUUCAGCCCGAGCGAGGCGUGAGCCCUGCCUCUGCCCAACACCCCGACAGUCCCCAGAAGGUCUUGGAGAAGCGUCGGAGGAGCCUGCUGAGGUCCCUGCAGACAGAACUUCCCACAACAGCUAAUGGGCUGGACCUCAGGAGGCAAGAGAGAAAGGAAGAAUUAUCGUUUUAAAGCAAAAGUAUGGAUCGAGCACGUUGGAGGUGAGUGAGAGGCACGUCGGCGAGAUGAGUGUGCGUGUGUUUGGGGUGUCUGGGGCUUACCGCCCCUUCCCCAAGGAGGAGGCUUCCAGAAGAGGAGGUCUGCUAGGCAGAAAGGGAAGAGUAUGAGAAGGUUGAGAGAGGGUUUGGAGUCUGGAGUUUUGUCUUCAUUAGAAAGAAGGAGGAAGUCUAUUCUGAGUGUUUCGGGAAGAAGAGAGCAGGCAGGGAGGGAAUUUAGUGAUUCAACACCCAAGGGUCCAGCCAGAACAGGUUGGGAAAGCC